AUGCCGCGAACAGCUGUGCUGCGAUGGCCGGGUGGCCACCGGCACAAGGAGGAUGUCAGCUUGGAGGUCUUAUCGCUGCAGGAGGAGGUGCAGAUACUCCGGGAGGAGGCGGAUGAGGCAGCCGAGAACAUGGAGCUUGCGCGCAUGGCUGCCAAAACGCUGGAGGAGCAGUUCCGGGUGGAACAAGCGGUGGUUGUGCGCCUCCAGUCUGAGCAGAAGGCCCAGCGGCCGACAUCUUUGGACCUGCAGGUGGACAUCGGAUUGAGAAGCGCUACCGUUGACGUUUUCGCCUGCAGUCUGAUCCCAAUCUUUUUCACAGUCCCAACACAAGCCACAGUGAAGCCCAGAGCCAUGGAGAAGCGCAAGCGCUGGACGCACGCGAAGGGUCUCGAGGCAGCCACGUGCACCUCGGAUGUGCCGGUGCAAGAAGGAGAAGACACAGGUUUACCUGGGCGAGGCCGAGGCAGCCGUGGUUCGUUGAACCUUGCUGCUGCCUACAGCGCCGGUGCAACUACUGCGUUUCUGCAGCGGUACCAUGCGGACCUGGAAAGGCUUGCUGCUCGACCGGACUUGCCUGCGGAGGCCCGCUGGUUCGACUCGCACUGCCACCUGGAGAGCAUCUUGCAGCGCACGUGGCGGGGCGGCGGCAAGCCCCAAGUGCAGAACGAGCCCCAGGUCACGCUCCCGGAGCUGGUGACGCUCUGGCCAACAGGCCUUGACGGCUGCGUGGCCAAUUUCGUGUUCAGGAAGGAGAGCAAACCAGGCUUCACCCCUGAGUGGGAGUGGAUCGCCCAACACCUGUCUCACUUUGAGGAAGGCGGUCCCGUCAGCGACAGGCUGUGGUUCGCCAUCGGCCUUCAUCCGCACAAUGCUGCCGGUUGGGAUGCGGACGCGGAGAAGAAUGUCCGGCACUUUGCUGCCCAUCCGAAGUGUGUAGGCAUUGGUGAAUGUGGGUUGGAUUUCUUCAAGCACGACUCGAGCGAGGAGCAGAUCCAGCUGAGAGCCUUUCGGGCGCAGGCCGAGCUUGCGGUGGAGCUGGGCAAGGCGCUGGUCGUCCAUGCUCGGCUCGUGACCCGGGAGAAUGAGACCCGAUUCCUGAGUGAGCUGACAAGGGUGGUUCCCCAGCACCACCCGAUUCACAUACACUGCUUCGGCGAUUCCUUGGAGCAUGCACAGGAGCUCAUCAGCCACUACCCAAGGCUCCGCAUCGGCUUCACGGGUGCUAUCACCUUCUCGGACCCGCCAGGCAAGGGCAAGGCCGGCAAGGGCAAGCGCAAGGGCAACGAAGCCAAGAAGGGCCAGGAGCACUGCCGAGAGCUCAUCCAAGGGCUGCCGCUGGAUCGGCUGCUAAUCGAGACAGACGGCCCUUACAUGUGCCCGGAGCCCUUCCGCGGACAGACGGCGCAUCCUGGCCAUGUUCACCGAGUGGCUGAGAGGAUCGCAGAGUGGCAGAAUGUUAGUUUGGGCGCAGUGAUGGCUGCAACCUGGCGGAGCACUGUGGAAGUCUACGGGCUCAGUCGCUGA